AUGUCGGACGAUCAGAACACGGGCAAGGCGGACCGCCCGGUGACUCAGCAACUGGAACUGCGGUCGGGAGAUCGCUUAUCCUCGAGGACGGCGUCUCCGAUUCGGCUCUCCACGGAACUCGCCCUGAAGGUGCAGACGCAGCUGGGUCGGAUCUCUACUAUCAAGGCCAUCGCAGAAGUUCUCCCGGAGUCUCCUGCAGAGAUUUCUGUUGAAGAAGUAAAUCACUUCUGGCUUCACACCGAGGAGACGCACAAGGCGUUUCUCAAGGAACACACCUACUUCGAGGUCUCAUGGCCCUCUGCGCUCACUCAUCACGAACAUUUCUCGGGGAACGCUCGUCAGGAGGAAACGCUGUGCCACACGCAAGCGCAACGCAUCAUCGGCGUACUCCGCCACUCACGGACAGCUUCGUCCGCCCAAUCGACCUGUGCCUUGGCAGUGAUCAGCUCAUCUCACUCCACCACUCAUCAAUCAGCGCGUCUACUCAUUGACGCAUACCCUGGAUUCACCUUCGUCACGGAGAAUCUCAUUCGGCAGCUCAACAUCCCUCGUCAAUACUCAGGUAUUUUCGUUUAUGGAAUUGCAGGUAAAGAGUGUACUCGGACACGAGGAGUCGUGUCACUCACGCUGCGCUCGACAUGUUCCACCGCAACUGCCACAAUUCAAGCUCAUGUCCUCCGGACAGUUACAUCAAUUUUACCAUCUUUCGAGGCGGAACCGGAAGAAUGGCCGCAUCUCCGGAACUUGGCAUUAGCCGAUCCAGAUUUUCUCAUCCCACGGCCAGUUGACAUCCUCAUCGGCUCAGACGCUUACGGGAAAAUCAUCAAGCCCAAUAUCAUCAGGCAUUCUCCACUCAUGCCGAUAGCGCAACUCUCCAUUUGCGGAUGGCUCGUUCUUGGAUCAGACAAUAGGGAAGCAACACGCACAUCAACGCAUCAUGCUGCUACUCAAUUCAACGAGGAUGCUCUUAUUGAGUUAUUGACGAAAUUUUGGAUUCAAGAGGAGGUGCCUACUCACGAUGUCACUCAGCUCACUCCUAACGAGCAGAGGUGCGAGAAGCACUUCAAUACUACACACUUUCGUGAUUCUCCAGAGGGGUACAUCGACAGGAUUCUACUCAAGUCACCAGACGAUCUUUUGGGUGAUUCUUACAACGUCGCUCAUAAAUGUCUGAAGGGAUUACGCAGACGAUUCUCAAGGGAUGUGAAUUAUCAACGUCUCUAUCAACAAUUCAUGAUUGAUUACGAGACACUCAACCACACUACGAAGGCAGCAUUCAUCUCCAGUCAUCGCUCACAUUUUCACCUGACACAUCACGGUGUUCUCAAGCCGGCCAGUAUUACAACGAAACUGCGGGUGGUUUUCAAUGGCUCUAGCGCAUCCACAUCAGGCUACCCGGUCAACUACCUCAUGUACACUGGAGCAAAGCUACAUCUGAACACCUCAGAUGUUCUACCAUGGAUGCGGAGACAUCGUUACAUUCUCGCUACGGACAUCACCAAGAUGUACAGGCAGAUCAAAAUUCACAAGGAUGACUGGGAGUCACAACGGAUACUCUGGAUGGACGAUCAACUCAAUAAAGUGCCAUAUCAUCUGACAACCGUCACCUACGGGACGAAGGUCGCACCAUUCUCAGCCGUACGGACCUUGUUACAAUUAACAGAAGACGAAGGACAUAGUUUCCCACUGGCUGUGCCGGUGAUCACUCACGGCAGACUGUCAUCGACAGCGAAGACCAAGGCUCACAAAUCACCUUCGACGAUUGCGCAACCAAGAUCCUCGGACUCAAAUGGCUCCCUCAAGAAGAUACCGUUGCAUUCUCAACCCGAAGCUCACGCUCGGAAAGCAGACUCACAACGCCUCGUUUUAUCUGAAGUGGCUCAGAUACUCGAUCCACUUGGUUUUGCAUCACCUGUCGUGAUCAAGGCCAAAAUUCUCUUGCAGGAGCUGUGGCUGCACAAGCUCCAAUGGGAUGACCCACUGCCAUCCCAGCUCUCAGCCCGGUGGCUCAUCAUCAGAGAAGAACUCACAAGCCUGGCCAGGCUCUCAAUACCUCGGUGGCUCAAUACGUGGAGCGACUCGCAAGUGGAACUUCAUGGAUUCUCUGAUGCUUCUCAAUUGGCAAUGGCUGCAGUCAUAUACAUAUCCGUUCACGGCUCAAACGGCGCCACGUUCUCACUUGUGUGCUCCAAGACUAAGGUAGCACCCCUCAAGCGGCUCUCAAUCCCGCGACUUGAACUCACAGCUGCUCUACUGCUCUCUCGACUCAUGCAAUACGUCGAAGCCACUUUGAACAUGGACGUAACGGCAACGCAUAUGUGGACGGACUCUCUAGUGACACUUUCGUGGAUCAGAUCUCAUGCAUCACGCUGGAAGGAUUUUGUCAGGAACAGAGUGGCUCAAAUUCAAGAACUCACUCCAGCCGCUCACUGGAGAUACAUUCCUGGAACUUCUAAUCCGGCUGACUGCGCAUCACGAGGCCUCACGACUGCUCAGCUUCAAAACCACGCACCUUGGUGGACGGGACCACCAUGGAUACUCAAACCAGACUCAUGGCCGUCGCAACCUGCACUCUCUGACGAGAUGAGUGCAACAGAAGCUCGCCCAGGCGUCUCGCUAUUGACGGUUACGCCAAGGACUGAAUAUCAAUGGGAACUCAGCUACAGGUACUCAAGCCUCACUAAACUAUUGAGGAUUACAGCUCUCUGUUUCAGAUUCGUCUCACGGUUGAGGAAAGUCCACGACUCAUUGCCUGUCAGACACAUCUCUCCAGAGACCUUGGAGAAAGCGAGGCUCUUCUGGAUUCAGGCAACUCAAGCAACGUACUUCUCGCACGAGCUCAAGGCGUUACAGGCAGACUCACCGUUGGCAAAGGCGCACGCAUUCAACAGAUUGACUGCGUACAUCGACGCUCAAGGAGUCAUUCGCGUCGGCGGACGACUCGCUCACGCAGCUCUCUCAUUCGACGCGAUACAUCCUGUAAUACUGCCUCGUCACUCUCAGCUGUCGUCAUUGAUCAUCGCUCACGCCCAUCAACGGACUCUACAUGGAGGCACGCAGCUUACGCUGUCACACAUCAGACAACAAUACUGGAUUCUCGGCGGGAGGGCUCCUGUCAAGUCUCACAUCCUGCGGUGUGUCACGUGUGCUCGUCAGAGGGGGAUCCGUGCUCAUCAAUUGAUGGGCCAACUACCUCUCUCUCGAGUUACGCAGGCACGACCGUUCACUCAUACAGGUGUGGACUACGCAGGGCCGCUCACCGUCAAAACAUGGAAAGGAAGAGGUGCCAAAACAACAAAAGGCUGGAUUUGCGUUUUUGUCUGCUUCUCAACCUCAGCAGUACAUCUCGAGGCGGUCAGUGAUUACUCAACGGAAGGAUUCAUUGCCGCCUAUCGACGCUUCUCAGCCAGACGCGGCAUUGCUCACACCUUACACUCCGACUGCGGCACCAAUUUCAUCGGCGCGGAUGCAGCUCUCAAAAGGCUGUUUAUCCAGAGCACUCAAGAACAUCAUCGAGUCUCUCACCUGCUCUCGCAAGACAAUACUCGAUGGGAAUUUAAUCCCCCAGCGACACCUCACAUGGGAGGAAAAUGGGAGGCCGUCGUAAAAUCUAUCAAGUACCACCUACGGCGGACCAUUGGAGAAAGCGUGCUCACCUUUGAGGAGCUCACCACAUUGCUCACUCAAAUUGAAGCAAUUCUCAACUCGCGCCCGCUCGAACCAUUGAGUGACGACGCGGACGACAUCGCAGCGCUCACGCCAGGCCACUUCCUCGUAGGAAGUCCGCUCACCGCAAUACCAGAGCCCUCACUCACCGACCUGGCACUAUCAAGACUCUCGAUGGCAGCUCAUCCAGCAGAAGCCACAACAUUUCUGGACACACUGGGCAGCGCAUCACCUACAACGACAACAAGCCAUCUCAAAGUGGCACCACAGGAACAACGAGAUCAAGAUCGGAUCAUUGGUGCUCAUCACCGACGAGCGGCUACCGCCAUGCAAAUGGCCGCUAGCCCGGAUCACUGCUCUACAUCCUGGGAAGGAUGGUCUCGUGCGGGUGGUGACCCUGAAGACAGCCACUACCACUCUCAUCCGACCAAUUGUCAAGCUCGCCUGCCCUGCCAAUCUCAUCGUAGGAUCAAGGAUCAUCAACUGCGUUGCUGA